CAGUUGUCGGUACAAGACCUACUUAGUUCUGGGCUCUCAACUCGAAUGAAGUAACAUUUAAGUACAACCGAAACUGGAGUGAACAACCAACCGGUUUUAUUCGAAGUCUUCUAAUUCAUUCAGUUUUAUUAGUGUCACAAUUUUACUUGGCGAAGGCUAUCAAUUAAUUAACUGAGAUACGGAGUACAGGAAUAUUUGACAUGGUUCUGAUAAAGAAUCUGCUAAUAAUGGCUACGGCGUUAAUCAUAGCGCACAGUCAUCAUAUGCCGGCUGGCGUUGGAGAUGAUGUUCUGGACAUGGGCGCAGAAGAAGCCAGGAAAUACGAACCGUGGUCUGAAUAUGACGAUCGUUCUCUAGAUUUUGCAUAUCAUAAUCAUGAGCAAAUGACGAUGUUUCUGAGGGCUACCACCGCACGGUAUCCAAAUUUGACAGCGCUUUAUUCUAUUGGGAAAUCAGUGCAAGGUAGAGAUUUGUGGGUGCUUGUGGUAUCAUCUUCGCCCUACGAGCAUAUGUUGGGGAAACCAGACAUAAAAUACAUCGGAAACAUACACGGAAAUGAGCCUGUAGGACGAGAAUUAUUGCUUCAUUUAAUUGAGUAUUUUGUGACCAGUUACCAAACUGAUUCGUAUAUUCGUUGGUUGUUGGACAAUACUAGAAUUCACAUUAUGCCUUCAAUGAAUCCUGACGGUUUUCAAGUAUCCAAGGAGGGAACAUGCGAUGGUGGUCAAGGAAGUAUUCCAGAGCUAUGCAUCUUCACCAUCUUUAACACCUGACGAUGACGUUUUCAAGCAUUUGGCUUUAACAUACAGUUCGAAUCAUGCGAAGAUGUCGCACGGGGUAGCAUGUAAGGGCGCAGGUCCGCGAUUCGACAGAGGUAUUACGAAUGGUGCAGCAUGGUAUCCUCUCACGGGCGGCAUGCAGGAUUAUAACUACGUUUGGUAUGGUUGUAUGGAAAUAACAUUGGAAUUAAGCUGUUGCAAAUAUCCGCCCGCAAAUGAAUUGCGAAAAUAUUGGGAAGAUAAUCAAAUGUCUUUAGUAAAAUUCUUGGCCGAAGCACAUCGAGGUGUGCAAGGAUUUGUAUUUGAUAGCCACGGCGGAGCAGUUGAGAAGGCAUCUUUAAAGAUAAAGGGGCGUGAUGUGGGAUUUACGACUACUCGAUUUGGAGAAUUUUGGAGAAUUUUAUUGCCAGGAGUAUAUAAAUUGGAGGUUUACGCAGAAGGGUACGCUCCUCGAGAAAUUGACUUUGUAGUUGUGGACGAACAUCCAACACUAUUAAACGUGACUUUAUAUGCUGCUAAGCGUAGUGAUGGAUCAUACCAACACGGUUCUCCAGCCCUUGCCCAUACAUAUCAUCCAAAUUACUACACCGCUCAGGCGAUCAAGGAACCAGGAAUUUUUACUUCUUUAUCAAGCAGUUUGAAUAAUUUCGUUUCAAACAUAUUCGGCUAA